AUGGAUUACUAUCGCGAUUCGGCCCGCUCUCCGGGUGACCGCGCUUGGAGUGGCCGCGACGAACCGAGAAUCAAGGAGGACAGAUCAGACAGUUUCUACCGGAGCAGAUCUCCAGGGAAUGACCGCAGUCGCCGUCGGUCGAGAUCACCCCCUGCCGUUGAUCGAUACGAACCGAGAAGCCGCGGUGGCCGUGAGGACUAUGCUAGUGGCAGAGAUCGCGGUGACCGCGACGACCGCCGCCGAAUGGUUUCUCCCCCUGCGAAUAUCGACCGUUAUGUCCCAGGUCAAGAAGCGGCUGCGCCCAUGCCACUUGCAAACCCAAUUCAAGAUCCUUUGAAGCUGCCCUACCAGGUGGGCUUUUCCUACUUUGGCGAAUGGUGGAGAGCGAACGAGAAAAUCAAGGAGGAGAAGGAGCGACUCAGAACUGGUCGUCGCCGGGAGCCAGAGCGCGUUCGGAGUGCCCGCGAAGCCCAGGAGGAGCGAGACAAGGAAAAGGCCAAGAUUCAAGUUGCCUAUGACGCCUACAAGGAAGAUCUUCAGGCCAAGAUGGCUCAGAAUUUCGUCAAGCUGCACAAAGAGGAGCAGUGGUUCAGGGAGCGCUACGUCCCGGGAAUCAGGGACGCCUUCCGCCAACAGUUGCAAGAGCACCGGCGUGAAGCAUACGCUCAAUGGGAGCAGGACCUCAACAAUGGCGUCUUUGAUGAACUUUCGUUGGAGGGCAUACCCAAGAGUGAGAGCAAUGGUGCCGGUGGAGUUGUAGAAAAGGAGGAAGGUGAAGCCACCGCUGCUAGCGAGGUUCUCGGCGUCGGUGACCUGGUGCCCGUCAGUAGCGAUGUAAGAGACGACAGUCUUUACCAGCCAACCUUACUCAUCAAGACCAUUGCCCCCUCGGUUAGUCGUCAGAAUCUGGAGGCGUUUUGCAAAGAGUAUCUCGGAGAAGGUGAGGGCGGGUUUAAGUGGUUGUCACUGAGCGACCCCAACCCCAGCAAACGCUUUCACCGUAUUGGCUGGAUUAUGCUCAAUCCCGCCUCCGAAGCGCCUGCGUCCGAGGAUGGGGACACCAAAGAUGAAGACGGGGACAUCGAACCUCCCGUCAUGUCAACUGCCGAGAAGGCCCUCGAAGCUAUCAACGGCAAGACUGUCAAGGAUGAGCAGCGAGGUGAUUUCAUCUGCCACGUUGGUGUGCACAACCCGCCGGCCAACCCAAGAAAGAAGGCCCUCUGGGAUCUCUUCUCUGCUCCCGAGCGUAUUCACAAGGACCUUGAGUUGGCCACAGAUUUGAUCCACAAGUUCGAAAGUGAUUUCGGCUCUGAUUUCAAUGCCAGUCUCCAUAUUGAGGAGCAUGUCGAACAGUUGCGGGCUAACGGGCAACUCCAACCUGCUGUCGCUGCUGCUCCCGUCAAAAAGCCAAAGGUAGAGCGAUCUCUCGAUGCCGAUGAAGCUAUGGACGCAGAGGUUGAGGAGGGAGAGGAGGGAGCGGUCGAUGAUGGAGAAGAUGAGGAUGAAGGUAUGGUGGACGAUGAAGUUGACGAUAUCGACUUGCUAGUUGCAAAGAAGCGACUUGAUCUCUCCAUCGAAUAUCUCCGCCGCACCUUCAACUUCUGCUUCUUCUGCGUGUUUGAAAGCGACUCUAUCCAUGAGUUGACGAGAAAGUGCCCCGGUGGCCAUCUCCGUAGACCUCGCAGCACUCUCUCGUCCACUGCCAAAGCUGUUGCUCGAGCGAGCGCAAACGGCGACCCCUUCCCGUCCAAGAAGCGUAAGGAAGCGGAAGACGUCGAAGAGGGCGAGGCUCCCGAAGCUGAGCGCAAGUUUAAGACAUCCUCCAAGACGGAGCAACAGCUCCAACGCGCCUACAACUGGGUGAGGACCUUUGAGGAGAAGAUCAAGCAGAUCCUUGCACCGGAAACUGUCGAUCUCAGAAAGCUCGGUGGCAAACCGGUUGAGGAUGCUGUCAACGAUGAGCUUGGAAAGUAUGUCAAGCAGGAGGAUGAGCACAAGUGGCGCUGCCGAGUGCCUGAGUGUACAAAGCUCUUCAAGGAGGAGCAUUUUUGGAAGAAGCACGUGGAGAAGCGUCAUCCGGAGUGGCUGGAUAAGCUCAAGGAAGAGUUCGAACUGGUCAAUGCCUACGUUAUUGACCCUGCGCAUAUUGCGCCUUCUCGUACCGAUGCCAACUCCAACGGGCACUUCCCUCCGUCCGGCGGCCAGCAGCCGACGGGCACUCCCCGCGGGUUCAAUCUCCAGAACUACGCCAUGAACAACAUGCUCAACUUUGGGACCUUCCCAGCCAUGCCUCUGCUCAACAUGAUGGGCGGUGCUGGCAACAUGAAUGCGGCUGGUUGGCAGCACGGAGGCGGCGAUGAUCGUGGUGGCGGUCCUAUUCGACGGGGUGGCCCUCAGGGGGGCAACCGUCCUCAGAGCCGAUCACACCCGUAUGAACGCCGCGGUGGUAAUCGACCCUAUGGCGGUCCCGAGGGUGCUGGAGGCCCACCAGGAGGUCGUGGUCGUGGAGGCCCAAGUAACAGAUGGGGUGACGGCGGUGUUACUACCACCGGUCCGCGUGAGGCUGUCCAGGGGCGCACCCUCAAGAGCUACGAAGACCUGGAUCAGGUGUCCGGUGGUGGCGGUGGGGAGCUCAACUACUGAGAAAAGGUGAUUUUCUCUUCGGCAUCACCCCUAAGCUCCUCCCCCUCCGCUUGCAGUUUUGUUGUGGGCAUGAAGUGUUGUUUUUCACACCGAGGCUAGCUCGACCAGAAACCAAGGUUUAAAGGGAAGGGGGGUUUUUUUUUUUUUUUUUUUGCUUUCGUUUCAGUUUGCGUUUCAGCUCAUUUUUCAAAUUAUUCUGCGUGUUUUUUUCUCUUUUCAAACUACCCGAGUUUCAUUCCUAUCACUGCACAAUAUCAUAUCGUACGUCGUCAUUCAUCACCCCCUCACAGUUUUUUUAUUGCGUUUUGAGAAGUUUUUUUGUCGUGUACCAUUAGGGAAGCACCCUCUUUCUUCUUUUUGGCUGGUUUCUCUCU